AUGGCGACGACAGAGUCCCCAAGCUCUGUUCGGAAAGUUGUUGUUCAUCUAAGAGCUACUGGAGGUGCUCCGAUACUCAAACAAGCUAAAUUCAAGAUUCCAGGGACUGAUAAAUUUGCUAAAGUGAUCGACUUUCUAAGAAGACAGCUUCAUUCUGAUUCAUUGUUUGUUUAUGUGAAUAGUGCUUUCUCGCCAAACCCUGAUGAAUCAGUAAACGAUCUCUACAAUAACUUUGGCUUUGACGGCAAACUGGUGGUUAACUAUGCUUUUUCAAUGGCAUGGGGCUAA